CUUGAAUCGACCACCACCUGCACUUCGUCCAGAAAUACCACCUGCAGCCGCUGAAUUACAAGUGAACAUAAAUCCCCCAACGAAAAUGGAAGUCCUGAACGCCAUAAAGCUACUGAAAUGUGGGAAAGCAGCAGGACCAGAUGGGAUACCGCCAGAAGCACUGAGAACAGAUGCAGAGACAACAGCAGACAUGCUCACACCACUAUUGCAGAAGGUGUGGAAGGAAGAGAAGGUACCUGACGAUUGGAAGAAGGGUUACCUUGUCAAACUGCCGAAGAAAGGAGACCUCAGUGUUUGCAAGAACUGGCGCGGAAUCACUCUCCUGUCCACCCCAAGUAAAAUAUUAAGCCGCAUCAUCCUGGAGAGGCUUAAAGAUGCACUGGAUUCAAAACUACGACCAGAACAGGCAGGCUUCAGGAAGUACAAAUCAUGUGCAGACCAAAUUGCAACGCUUCGCAUCAUCAUAGAACAGAGCAUAGAAUGGCAAUCAGCUCUCUACCUCAACUUCAUCGACUUUGAGAAGGCCUUUGACAGCGUCGACCGAGAAGUAAUUUGGAAACUGCUUCACUACUACGGAGUACCGCAAACCUUUAUCCACCUCAUCCAACAACUGUAUGAAGAUGCCACAUGCCAAGUAAUUCACAAUGGGAAGCUCAGUGAUGCUUUUGAAGUGAGGUGAAGACAGGAGUGAAACAAGGUUGCCUACUAUCCCCCAUGAUAUUCCUGAUUGUGGUGGACUGGAUCAUGCAGCAAACAGUGGGCAGCGAGAAGAGGGGGAUACGCUGGACGGCGGAAAAGAACCUAGAAGACUUGGAUUUCGCCGAUGACUUGUGCCUGAUGUCACAUAAACUUGAAGAUCUGCAGGCAAAAACUAACAAGUUGAUAGAAGAGGCAGCGAAGACGGGAAUUCAAGUGAAUAUAGAGAAGACAGAGGUGAUGAAGAUACCGCAACACCACCAUCAACAACAACAACAAACUCCAGUCACCAUCAACGGGAGAAACUUAAAGGAAGUAACCUCCUUCACUUAUCUAGGAAGCACUGUUUCAACUACAGGCGGGACGGACGAGGACGUCAAAGUCAGAAUCGGAAAAGCAAGACAGGCCUUCAUUAGCCUGAAACCAGUGUGGAGAUCUUCUGCACUCAGCAUGCGGAACAAGAUACGGAUUUUCAACACCAACGUCAAGUCAGUGCUCAUGUAUGGUUCAGAGACUUGGCGCGUCACGAAAGGCAUUUCCAAUAAACUACAGACAUUCAUCAACAACUGCUUACGCUCGCUACUGAAGAUCAGAUGGCCAGAAAGAAUAAGCAACAAGGAACUCUGGGAACGAACCAACCAAGAACCUAUCACGCAACAAAUAUGCAGGAAGAAGUGGAGAUGGAUUGGGCAUGCACUGAGAAGGCCGACUGGGGACAUCACGCGUCAGGCCCUCGAGUGGAAUCCCCAUGGGAAGCGACGAGUUGGACGCCGAGGAUGACAUGGAGGAGGUCGUGCGAAGAGGAAAUGAGAGCUUGUGGCCUGUCGUGGAACCAGGUUCAAAAGAUCUCAGAGAACAGGAUGAAAUGGAGACGUGCUACUGAAGCCCUAUGUUCCACUAGGAACCCAAGGGACUAAUAAUAAUAAUAUAUAUAUAUAUAUAUAUAUAUAGAUUUAGAGAUAUAUAGAGAUAUAUAAUAUUCAAAGAC